UUUUCUUCGCGUUUUGCGUAUUUAUUGGCGCAGUGCAGAAUCAAAACAAAAUUAUAUAAGCAAUAGAACUCGAUGAUAUCUCUAUUGUUUUUGCCGUAAUCGUCGUUGUUUUGUUUUAUUAUGCCUAAUGGACGGACAGUGUUGUUGCUGCGGCGUUUGUCGACAGGGGACAACAGAUUGAAGAGUAUCAACUUGAAUCAAAACACUACCAAGGAGCCGCAUAUUGUGAACCCGGUGUGCUCUCAUCGCGAUAUAAAUUUGUCGAAAAGAAUCUCUACAUUCGGUCAAAACAAUCAGCUUCCAGUUGUUUCCCCUCAACUCACAAGAAGCUUCAGUGACAACAUAAUAAAAAUGACCACACCAACCACUGAAUCCAAUCCCAUUGAAGUGCCAAAACAUACCAAUGCUCUUGUGUCCGAGAAGUCUCCAUAUUUGCUUCAGCAUGCUCACAACCCAGUGCAAUGGUACCCAUGGUCCCAGGAAGCAUUUGACAAAGCCAAGAAAGAAAACAAACUCAUCUUCCUGUCUAUAGGAUACUCCACUUGCCAUUGGUGCCAUGUGAUGGAGAAAGAAUCAUUCGAAAAUGAAGAAGUUGCCAAAAUUAUGAAUGAAAACUAUAUCAAUAUUAAGGUGGAUCGUGAGGAAAGGCCAGAUAUAGACAGAGUUUAUAUGCUGUUUAUAACAGCUACCACUGGCAGUGGCGGCUGGCCCAUGUCUGUAUUCCUCACUCCUGACUUGCUGCCAGUCACCGGAGGAACAUAUUUCCCUCCUGAAAACAAGUAUGGUCGCCCUGGCUUUAAAACUAUUCUUUUGUCACUUGCUAAAAAGUGGAAAGAAAAUACUGAGCAAUUCAAACAGGCAGGCGUUGCUAUAAUGGAUGCUCUUCAAAACUUAUCCAAACGUGAUCCUGAAUUGUCGCCAUCCGUACCUGGGGAAGCGACAUGGAACAAGUGUGUGCAGAAAUACAUUGCUAACUUUGAACCCCAUUUUGGUGGAUUCGGUAUGGCUCCAAAAUUUCCGAAUUGUUCAAUUUUCAACUUCCUCUUUCACUUCUAUGCUCGAGAUAAAUCAAAUCGUGUAGGAAAGCAAUGCUUAGAGAUGUGCUUGCACACCCUAACUAAGAUUGCCAAGGGUGGUAUCCAUGAUCACAUCUCUAGUGGAUUUGCUCGAUACUCUGUUGACAAUGACUGGCAUGUGCCCCAUUUUGAAAAGAUGUUGUAUGACCAGGCACAACUCGCAUGCGCUUAUACGGAUGCUUAUCUUGCGACUAAAGACGAAUUUUACGCUGAUGUCGUUCGUGAUAUAAUUAAAUACGUGAAUAGAGAUCUGAGACAUGUACAAGGCGGUUUUUAUAGUGCUGAGGAUGCUGAUUCUUAUCCAGUGCAUGGGGCUCCUCAUAAGAAGGAAGGAGCAUUUUGUGUUUGGGAAUAUAUAGAAAUUGAGUCACUCCUUAUUGAGAAAACUAUCAAUGAUAUACCUUACAUGGAUAUUUUCUGUCACUACUUCAGUGUCGAAGAAGAUGGCAAUAUUUCACCAGACAGUGAUCCUCAUGGAGAACUCAAAGGGAAGAACAUGUUUAUUGUUUAUGGCAGUAAAGAAGACACUGCUAAAAAGUUUGGAUUGUCUAUGGAGCAGUUUAAUCAAGUGAUUAAGGAAUGUACUGAGAUCUUGUAUGAGGCCCGUCAAGAGAGACCGAGGCCACAUCUUGACAGCAAAAUGCUGUGCUCAUGGAACGGCCUGAUGAUCUCUGGUUUGGCUCAAGCCGGACAAGGUUUGGGAGAAAAGGAAUAUGUUGAAGAUGCUAUUAAAACUGCAAAUUUCAUUAAAAAGUACUUAUAUGAUCCAGAAAGUAAGAAAUUGCUUCAUUCUUGCUACAGGGCAGAUGAUGGAUCAGUUGCUCAGAUAGAAAGACCGAUCGAAGGAUUCUUAGACGACUACGCGUUUCUGGUGAAAGGUCUCCUGGACCUGUAUGAAGCAUCACUGGACCUCUGCUGGCUGAACUGGGCGCGCGAGCUGCAGAAGAAACAGGAUGAAUUGUUCUGGGAUGAGGCGAACGGCGGGUACUUUAGCACUUCGGAGGGAGAUGAGAGUGUUGUGCUGAGACUGAAAGAAGACCACGACGGCGCCGAGCCCUGUGGCAACAGCGUCGCCUGCCACAACCUGCAGCGUCUCGCCGCCUAUGCCGACAAGAGCACCGCUUCGGAAGGCGGCGACAAAGAGCGCGAUAUGGCCAGGCGACUACUUACGACGUUCGCGCAUAGACUGACCAACUCGCCUACAGCUCUGCCGGAGAUGAUGUCUGCUCUCAUGUUUUACAAUGAUUCACCAACACAGGUGCUGAUAGCCGGCGGCUGCUCGGACCCGCGCACGCUGGAGCUGGUGCGAGUGGUCCGCUCGCGGCUGCUGCCCGGCCGCGUGCUGGCCGUGGCCGACCCCGCCGCCGACUCGCCCGCCGGUAUGUCCGACAUACUGCUGUCCCGCAUCAGACCAGUGGGUGACACGCCCACGGCCUACGUGUGCCGGCGCUACGCUUGCUCGCUGCCCGUCACCGACGUCAAACAGCUCGAGACAUUGUUGGAUGAGCAGCCAGCCACUAACUAACCGCCUCACUCAUAUUACAUACCGUUUCUGUCUUGCGUAGCGGAAUCAAAAUCGAAUUUUGGAACCAUUGAACCAACAACCAGUGGGGAGACACUCCUGACUUCGGACGAACUCGGUUCCGUUCGGCUCAGCAUUGCUCCGAGCAAUUAUUAGGGUUGGCACCACUUGACUUGAUAAGAUAAUCACUUGAAUUUUGACAACCCUAAAUAGCCGAAAGGGAUUAGGAUUUAGGGAGCCAUAUAUUAGAAAGGGAUAGCAUGAUUCGACCCUGAACCGCUGUCUAACUUCGGGUUUGUAGGAAGUGUCCGUUCUGUACGGUAGUACUAUUAUUUCUUCUACUCAAGAUUCCACGCUGGAAACCCUUGUUACGAUCGUGAUUCCAUUCAGGAAUCUUUUACUACGCUUUUUGGAGUGAAGAGAACUCCCUGGGAGAAAGUCUUAAUUUUGUUAUUUUGUCUUAUAAUUCGCUAUCAAACGGUUUACAAAGCAGACCGGCAAACACGAACCUUUAACGAACAGUUGACCAGACCCAGUGGUAUGUCCACUCGAUUGUUCUGGCGCGCUCGGCUCAUGACUGCUCCGAGCAGUCAUUAACCAUUUGAACGCCUCGCUUAUUUUAUAUAAUAUAACUCACCAUCGUAAAUCUUACUGGAAUACAUUAAGCCGUAAUCGGCGGUCAAAGGGAACAACCAUUUCUAUUAAAGGAAUCAAAAUUGAAUGUUGUGCCAACGAUUGAAGCGUAGGGCGCCUUACGACCCGCGGGUGACUGUCCAAUAUUCCGACACUAUAAUCAAUAAAAACAUACAUAUGUGAUUUUGUUGCAUCUGAAUCACAACUUUACUAGAGGCACUAUGUAAAUUGACAAUAAAACCUGAUAAUAUUGUAGCUUUUGAAAAAACUUAAAUUGUUAAAAAUAUCGUACCUAAUUGUAAUGCUUAUCAUGUUCAAAUUGUUAUGAAGGUCGAAAAUACUAGGAAGUAAUAUAUAAAAAAAAAAAAAAAAAAAUAUACCUAUUAAUUUUUUUAAGUCGAAUUAACAAGGUAACUUCCACGAAAAAGAUCUACCUAAAUUUAAUAAAUUGGAAAAUACUCUUUAUGCUUUUAAAGGACAGUUCAAAAUCGAACGGCAUGAGUCCAUCCUAAAAUUUAAAGGAGGAUUCAUGCAAUAUGAUAUACUUAUAAUAAAUUAAUAACGAAAAUAAUAAUAACCUAUUUCUACAUCUAAAAUGUGAUUUACGUAUUAUGUUCUUUAUGCCAUUUUCUUUGUUUUUUUUUAUUGAAGUAUUUUUUUUCAUUCCUCGAAUAUAAUUGUGUUAAAAGCAUAAUAUUAAUCGUAUUCGAUUAUGUUUAAUUCAAAUAUAUAUAGCGAUCUAGCUCUCUUUGUGUCAAAAUCUCUUUAAAUUGGUACAUAUCUAAGUACUUAUUUGAUUAAAAAAUCAAGUUCUUGAAGGCAGUAUCGCAUCUCAGUCAAUUAAAAGAUGUAUUUAAGGUACUAACAAGACAUUUACAAGUUUU